AUGCCUCCUAAAUUAAACACGAAGUUAUUAAAAAAUGUUCUUAAACAUUCUGAGUUAAUGCGUGCACGUUUUUGUAAUUCAUCAUGGACAAGUAAAACUAGUCAAAUAGAUAAGAAGUCAUUAACUGUUAAUAAAACUGGGCAAAAAUUUCGAUCAAAAAUAGCAAAGUUAAGUGUUGGGAAACAAUGGUCUGUUAUUCUAGAGGUAUGUUUUAUUGAAAAAAAGCAUUUUAUUUUACCUAUAAGAAUUCUUUUACCAAUUGGUUAUUAUUCAAUUUCUAAAAAAAAGGAAUGGAUUGUUGUUAAACAUGUUCAAAUGGCCAAACAACACGAACGGUGUUUAUGUGGACGAGCAAAUUUAAAAUUCGUUACAUACUUAAAAAAUAAGAAGAAUAAUAAAGAAGUCACAGCAGGAAAUUGUUGUAUAUUAACAUUACAAUGA